AUGCCGCUGAGGGAAGCUUCGAGGAAGGUGGCGGAGCUCGGGCGAGCAGUGAAGGGUCUAUGGAAGGGGAGGAAAGAUGACGUCAGAGGCGCUGGAACGGGAACAGCAGCAGAUGGUGCUGGCGCGGGCAAGCAGAACAGCAGCCUAGCCUCUCUUGCGCAGUUCCCUGACUCGGAGGAGAGGCAGUUAGCAGCAGCUCUAGCCAGCGGCAAACGAGCUACCCUUAUCCAGUUUUACGCCCGCCGCUGCCGCCUCUGCCGGUCGCUCAGCCAGCUCACCGCUGAGCUGGCGCGACGCAACGCUGACUGGCUCAACGUGGUGCCUGCUGACGUGGAGAACAGCCGAUGGUUGCCUGAGGUGGGGCACUACAGCAUCAAGUAUGUGCCGUUCUACGUGCUGCUAGACGCACGGGGGAGAGCCUUUUCCACAGGUGGGGCACUAGAGCAUCAAGUGCGUGCCGUGCUACGUGCUGCUGGACGCGCGAGGGAGAGCCUUCUCAUCAAGUACGUGCCGUGCUACGUGCUACUGGAUGGGCGGGGGAGGGCCCUGGCGAAGACUGGCGAGCCAUACAGCCGCAAGCAUGUGGUGAAGGGUCUGGCUUACCUGGUGGAGAGCAUUCGGCCCUACCGGCGGCGCCCUGCUGUUGGAGAGGGGGGUGACGGAAAGGAGAAGCAGCAGGAGGAGCAGGGGCAGGAGCAGCAGCAGGAGCAGCAGCAGAAGCAGUAG